AUGGCCGAGGGCAUGGCAAUGGCCCGCGCUGGAUCAUUGGUUUCAAAGCUUGAUUCCAAGAUAUGCUAUCAUAGGGAUGCAGCCCUUGAGUACAUGGAAAUCAAGGCUGUGGUUGGAGAAGUCAUAGAAGAAAAGGAGAUGCUCCAGCAGGAUUAUCAUGCACUGAAAGGUGAACUUGAGGCGGCAAAGAAAACAAUUGUGGAAGUAAACAAGGAGCUUGCAGCAGGAAACGAGGAGACCUCUCUCAGUAAGAAGGAGCUGGAGCUUGUAAAGAAGAAGCUUCAAGACUGGGAAGCUAAGCAAAAUCUAUCUGAGCAACAGAAUUGCUCUGCUUCUGAGCAUGUCCAGCCUAGUAAUAGUAAGCAGGGGCAGAAAAGAUCAAUGAGGCACCAGGAAGUGCCAUCUCAAGGACCUCUGAGAAUUGAUGCUGACAAACCUGACCUGGCAGAAGAGCGUCCUGGGAGCAUGCUGGUAAACAACCCCAUUGUUGGCCAAACCUCAGUUGUUCCACCAAGCACAGAUGAUGACAUGGUGGCCCUGCGUGAACAUCUGAUCAAGCAAUUCCUUGAAAUCGACAAAUACGGCGGGUGGAUCAUCGGGAUAAAGGAAAUGGGCAAACUGAAUGUGAAGGCAUUUGAGAUUGCUUGCGCUGAGAAGUUCCGUACCACAAAAGCCGCUGAUGCGUCAAGUAAGCUGUACUCACUGUGGCAGCAGCGGAUCACUGACGUAAGCUGGAAUCCCUUCCACACGGUCACGGUCGAGGGCAAUCAUCAGGAGGUUCUGAAUGUCAAUGAUGAUAAGCUGCAAGAACUGAAGAAGGAAUGGGGAGAAGGCCCCUACAAAGCUGUCAUCGAUGCGCUGAUGGAGAUGAAAGAGUACAACUGCCUAGGCGACAGGAGCACCGUCUAUGAGCUAUGGAACUACAGGGCGGACCGGAAAGCCACCCUAACGGAGUGUACUGAGUACAUGGCCGAUCGUGUGCAGCAACUCACAGUGGUCAAGCGCAGGAGGAGUCGCAGGACGAUAUGA